AUGCAGACUAUGCUUUGUGAAGUACAAAUACAUUUAAAAAUUGAGGAUGCAUCAUGUAAAGUUACACAUUUGAUAAAGUGUUUUGGAAGAAGCAGAUCAACAAAAUAUAUUCAACUCGUGGUCACCCCAAUAUUGGAUGAGGAAAACUUGGAUGUUAUAGUUAACAAUGAUGGUAUUAGCAAUGACCGUGGCAGCAGUGGUGCCAUGGAAUCAGAAUCUACUGAUUAUUCAAUGAAGGUCCCAUAUAUUGAAUUGUAUAAUGAAAAAUCGAAAGAUCUAUUGUCUAAUAAUGGUGAGCAAGAAUUGAAAAUUAUAGGUGAUGCUAACAAUAAAGCCAUUUUACACAGAUAUGAAGAGGUUUCUUUAAACAAUGUCGCUGAAGGUGUCAGAGUUUUGAAAUAA